GUAGUCCUUCUUCUGUAGACACGAGAGGCAUAAAAUUAUUGUACAAACAAACAAUUGCCAUUAAAGAACUUGACUCAUGCUUUGCCUAAGUAAUUCUAGUGAAUUAUCUGUAAUUCCCAAUAUAUUUUUAUUUAAUAAAUUCCACACACUGUUUGCUGUUAACAAUAUGUGUGUGGCGUUAGCCACGAGUUUAUGAUUGUGAAGUGACAAUUCCAGUGGAUUUUCUUGACCAAUUGAAUCUGCAAAAUAAUGAGACUCUUCCACAUCAUCUCACUCUUAGUGAUUAUAACAACCACCAGUAAAGCACAAUGGCGGCCCUGUGUAGAGCUACACCGAGACAUUCAACUUCCCUGCAAAUGUUCACCAUCUCCAGAUCGUCCCCGCUACCUCAGGAUGAACUGCGAUCGAGUGAUCUUCACACGAGAAAAUCUCGAUCUACUCCGAGAUCAGCCAAUAAUAUCAAUCACACGAAGGAACGUGGGCUACCACAAAUUACCUGAGGAUCUUUUGAAUUCAGGUCUGGAACUCGAGCGCCUGGAUCUCACCGGUAAUUCGAUCCAUCGAUUGAUGGAUCGACACUUGAAGGCGCAAAUUGGUCUCAAGGAGUUGCUGCUUGGCGAGAAUCACCUGGGAAAUAAUUUGAAUCCGAUAUUUUCUAGUAAUGAGUUUAGAGAGCUGAAAGAAUUGAGAUUGCUUGAUCUCCAUGGGAAUGGACUCAUGAGUAUUGAAGAGGGAAUUUUUAAAGGAUGCCUGGAACUCGAGGAGCUGUACUUAGAUGAUAAUAACUUAGUGUCUGUCCCAGCGAACUCCUUGAAAGGCCCCAGAGCUAUGCGAAUCCUUUCACUGUCGGGGAACAACAUUGGAUCUUUAUCAAGAGGUGCCUUUGGCACCCUCGGAGAGUCACUUAUUCGAGUUGAUUUGAGUCGCAAUGAGCUCUCCCACAUGGAAGACAAUGCACUCAUCGGUUUACACCAUAUGCUUUUCUUCAAUCUCUCCAGCAACGAUCUCACUCGUUUCAACAGUGACGUCUUCAAGGGUGCUUACAACUUGUUGCAGUUGGAUCUGUCUAUGAACUUUCUCCAGGAAUUUCCAAGUGAUGCGUUGAGAUAUCUAGAGAGAUUGAAGUUUCUGAAUAUUUCCAACAACUUGAUCACUGGCAUCGAGAGGAAUCACUUGUCUGGCCUGACCGAGCUGCAAGUGUUGGAUGUGAGCAAGAACAAUAUAGGACGACUUGGAAUGAACACAUUUUCCAAUUUGACCUCUCUCACACGGCUGGAUUUGUCGUUAAAUGCCCUCAGAACGAUCGAAGAAUCCGCAUUUGAGGGUCUAGUCAACCUGAAAUGGCUGUCUCUCCAGGACAACAAUAUUCUUCUGGUCCCAACGUCCGCAGUGGGUCACCUACCGUCUUUGAGUCACCUCCACGUAGAAUUCAAUCGCAUUGCAGCUCUUUCAAAUGACCUUUUGAGAUCCGUCGCACCCAGCCUCGUGUCUCUCUCUGUCACCCGUAAUCUCGUCCGGGAAAUUCCCCCACGAAUGUUCCUCAAUUUCGAGAAACUCAUCAACAUCGAACUCUCCGGUAAUAUGCUAUCCUCAGUCACACAACAGACAUUCGCCGGUCGUGAGGAUACACUCCUGAAUCUCGACCUCUCGAAUAAUAGACUCGUCUCAGUGGCACGAUUAUCACUGCGCAAUCUUCUGUCACUGAAUCUGGCCUCAAAUCAUCUCAAGCACCUGUCAGCCGAGACCUUAGGAUCGUUGCCGAAAUUGAAGUACCUGAACAUCAGCAACAAUCCUCUUCAUAGUGCUUUCCCACCGGUAUUCCCUCCUUCCCUCGUGACUCUGGACGCCUCCAGGACAGGCCUGAAGAUCCUCCCACCAAUACUCCUCGACAAACUCGCUGCUCUCAGCCGAGUCAUCCUGUCGCACAAUCAUCUUCAGGAACUCGGUGAGAGGACCUUCCAGCAUCUCUACAACCUCACAACCAUAGAUCUCUCCUACAACGUCAUCGAGCGUAUGGAAAAUGCAGCUUUUGUUGGCCUGAUCAAUCUUUACGAGCUCAAUCUAAAAGGCAAUCGUCUAGCUUCAUUUGCCGGUGAGUUCUUCGACACCGGAACUGGCCUCGAGAUCAUUGAUCUCUCCGACAAUGCGAUUACGUAUUUAUCUCCUACAACUUUCAUCAUUCACCCGAGGCUGAGGGAACUUCGCUUGAGUGGAAAUCGCUUCAACCGAUUUCCCAGUGAAUUCAUUAAAAAUCUCCAGUUCCUUGAGCUUAUGGACUUGUCAGGGAAUUCUUUGAGGAACGUUGGAGAAUUCGCUUUCUCGCAAAUUGGAAGACUUCGAGAGUUGGAUCUGUCGCGAAAUCGGAUUGAAUCUAUCGACGAACUGGCCUUCCACAACUCUACCCAGCUCCAAGUGAUUGAUUUAUCGGAAAAUGUGUUGGAGAUGAUGAGUGAGAGAACAAUGGAAGGACUUCUGAGAUUGGAACAUCUUAAUCUGCGAAAUAACAGACUAAAGACUCUUCCUGAAACGAUCUUCGAUCCCACGAGAAUAAAGAGUGUCGAGAGGAUUGAUUUAUCGGAAAAUAAAUUUCACGAGAUACCGAUCAAGAGUCUUCAACGACAAUCCAACUCGUUGAGCCACUUGAACAUGUCCAGGAACAAACUGGCUGAGGUUUUUACUCAAGAAUUAAUAAAUACACUGAAAGACCUGGAUUUAUCCCACAAUUCCCUGAGCGAAAACGCUAUUCGGGGAAUCCUGGGCGAAGCUAAGAUCCUCCGGACAUUGAAUCUUGCUUACACAGGCGUCAGGAAUGUAACGCGCUUGGAGAUGCCAUUUCUGAAAUCUCUGAAUUUAUCUGGAAAUGAAAUAAGAGAAAUCAAACCCUCGGUAUUGGAAAGAGCAACGCUGCUCGAAAGCUUGGAUCUCUCUCACAAUGAUCUAGAGGACUUUGCGAGUCUUGCUGUGACGUACAGGACACUUCCUGCCCUCCGGCAUCUUGAUGUCUCGGGAAAUAAACCGAUAAAUAUCAACGAGACGUCGUUCAAUGGACUUGAACGUCUUCGAUCAUUAAAGAUGUCCUCUCUACUCCAAGUCACGAGGAUCGAAAAAACCGCCUUCAAGUCACUGGGUAAACUUCGCACUCUAUCAGCCUAUGAUUAUCCGCGUCUUGGGUACUUCGAUGUCCAGGGAGUUCUCAAGGAUAUGCAAAAUCUUGAAAUCUUAGACAUUGAGAUUAAGGAUUCGUCGGUUGGAAAUGACCUCUUGUCUAUUCGUUCCCAUCCUCGUCUGCGUGAAUUAACGCUGCGAGGAGAUCGAUUGAAGAACGUACAAUCGAGUGCUCUUGUGGGAGUCAGAUCAUCGUACCUAAAUCUUGGACUCAAGAACACUUCGAUUGACAAUCUGCCAACUGCGCUGUUAUUCCCAGUGCCCAGGUUGACCCAAGUGAAUUUAGACAUUUCUGGAAGCAAAUUUACAACGAUAUCACCAGCGCUGCUGGCAGCAUUGGACGAGCGAAGUGGAAUGGUAAAAAUCAAAGGUUUAGAGUCGAAUCCCAUUGUUUGCGAUUGUGGGGCUAAGCAUUUGUGGAGAUGGUUGCGAAUGUCUAUCGAUGAAUUCAGUGGCAGAUGUUCGGCUCCUGAGCAUCUGGUGGGUAGAUUCCUGAUAGAUUUAACAGAGGAGAUGUUAUCGUGUGAGAAAACAACUUCCAUGAAGGCCCAGACAACAGAGACAAUUCCAUCAACAAGGAUUACUCUCUCGUCUGAGCCAGAAAUCAUUUGGACUGUUGCUCCGACGUCUGGUGAAACCAGAAAUAAAAAUUAUCCCGAUGUAGGAACAUCGAGUUCAUCGAGCACCGAUGAUACUCUCAUUAUUGGCAUCGUUGGUGGAGUUGUUGCAUUCAUAGCCAUUGUCAUCAUCAUUAUUUGUAUCUGCAGAAUGAGGUGGUCCGGUCAAACUAAUGACGCCAGGAUGGCUGCCAUGGCCUCCAGCAUUCAUGAUGCAACUGUUAUGAGGCCUGCAAGUGUUUAUUCCGGAAAAAUGAAUCAUGAUGCAUUCGUUGGUUCCUAUAAUGGAUCCACUUUGGGACAUGGUGGCAACGGCAGUGUGACACCCGUGCAGAUGAUGCCAUUUGUACAACCAAUGCACGUUGUUCAUUCGAUGCAUGGUACACCACCACAACCCAUCUAUGGAUACUACGGAGGCGAUGGUGCUCCGGUUCCUAUGUAUAUGUGUUCUCCUGAUGACAAAUUCACCCGAUAAUUCAGCAUCGGGGGAACAAAGAUUUUUCUAUUACUGUUGCAUUUACUUUCUCAGUUUAACUUUGUACAUAAACGUAUGAUAGUUUAUUUAUGCAAUGAUACUUCAAAUUUCACAUGUGUAAUUAAGAAGAUUUUCAUUUUAUAAUUA